UGAAGUAGUAAUACGGUUCCCAUCCACACGCUGUAGCGCCAGCUCCCGCCUGACUGUCUGCGUAAAGCUCGGUGAAUCUCAAGUGGACCGAGAGGAACUGGUUCAGUAAAUUCUCCCAAACAGAGGAGCCGUUAUUUGUACAUCGUCCUCCCUCCCCCACAGCCACUUCUUCUCGUGCCCACUACAAUGGAGAGAGAAUGAGAAGAGGUGCUCCAAGCAGAACAUGAGAAUGGAGACGUGCACAAAGAACAAUAACACCACACUCAGAAGAGGUGAGAGUGCGAUGAGGAGAGGAGCCAGAGAGUGAGGCGAUGGGCUGCACCUCUGCUAAGCAGGUGUCGGCCGUGCCCAGCGACGAGGAGGGCCGGGGCAAGGCCUACAGCAACGGAGACCUCUUCACCGACGAGUACAAGAUGAAGGGAGUGGAGGAGGUGAAGUACAUGCGUGGAGAGGAGGACCGGGUGAACGCACGCAACCAGGAGAACCUGGAGAAGACCUCUUUACAGUACAGGGGGAAACCGCACAAAGAAGGCUCUGGAGCCAACGCCAACAGGACAAAUAUCCACACAUCAGAGAGCCAGCAGGAGUUCUUCAGGAUGUUGGAUGAGAAGAUUGAGAAGGGACAGGACUACUGUUCAGAGGAAGAAGAGGCAGAGGAUGGGACAUAGCAAACAAGGCCUGACUCAACCCCCUACAGAGAGCCUCCCAGAGUGUGUGCGAGUGCAUGUUCGUCUGAAUCAGUGUGUGUAUGUAUGUUCCACUGCCUUUGUAUGUGAUUCUGUAUGUGUCUGUGUGAGCAUGUAGGUUUUUUGUGUGUGUGUGUGAAAGAGCAAUGGAUAGCUAUUCUCAAAGACGGUUGCCCCCCUCUUGGCUGUCGUCCCAUUGGGCCCCUGAGUGGAUUACUGGAGGGAGAGACGAACGAGGAGACAUACAGACAGACAUGUGGACUCACUGCCCUGCAGGACUAUGGAGAGACGCACAUGGAGACAGACAUACAAACAGACAUGUGGACUCACUGCCCUGCAGGACUAUGGAGAGACCCUCCCCUCUACCCCAACUACCACCCCAGUGAACUGUACUGUGGUCCCUGGUCCAGCUUUGUGUAUACCACCCCCUCAUGACAACAACAUGGAGAAGGAGGACGAACAGAGGAAGAAUGAGCAUUAUGGGAGUCUGGGAGACACCCUCCUGGUUUCCACCCUCCAUGGCCCUUACUAUUGUGCUUCGCCUGUGAGGAGCAGAGAUGUGGAUUGAGAAAGAGGGGUGCUGGGGAGGGGGAGGCACUUCCAUAACCCCCAUCAGACGACGGAGGCUCGCUGCUGCAGUGGGCCAGAGAGGACCCGAGAGGGGAGGGGAGGGGGGAAAGAAAAACCUAGAUAUUUUAAUAAGAGAAAGAAGAGUCAGUGAGUGGCUUAUUUUGAAACUCUGAACUCCUGCCUUUUUGAAGGACUUUUUUAUUAUGUUGAUCCAGUUAAUUAUUUUUUGUUUAUUGUAAUGUUUUUUUUUGCUUCUAUCAUAGUGCAUCACCUCCUGCAGGCUACAGCUCUAUAGGUCAGAGUUCCUGUGUCACUACACAACCUGUCCUCUUAAAUAUACCCUCAACACUAAUAUACCAGACCCUGGCUAUGUGAAACACACUCAACUUCAUAUUCAUAGAUGCAGACACAGAAGUGCACGCUCAUACAUACAUACAUACAUACAUACAGACACACUCUCAUACAGACAGACUCAUAUAUAUAUAUACACAAACACAUAUGCCAUUGUAUUCCUGUCAUUCUUCAGCCACGUGUUAUGUAAGUAUGUUAAUAGGCUGUGAUGAGGGUUUUGGGUGAAUGUUGGAAGCAGCAGCUGUGGGUUUCUGCUGCUGGACUUGUAGUGUUUAUUACUCUUUCCUCUGCAUUGGUAGCCCAGCCUCCACUUCUCUUCAACUCAGCAGUAUUGACGCUUACUGGCAGCGUGGAGUCACCCUCUGUUGACACACACACACACACACACUGCCUUUUCAUGGAGUGAGAAUUGAGAUUCAAAGGAAAAGAGGUGUGGUUGCCUGGGAGACACAGCCCUGAACGUUAUUCUGUCAUCAUUACUAGAUCGUUCCUUUUUCAUUUGAUUCAGUACUUUGUUUUUCUAUWAAAAAUAAUAACACAGGAGCUGUU